AAUCAAACGCAACCCGAUUGGUUGCCGUGAUGAACACCAUUCACUCACUCACUCUAUUCUUCUAACUGCGACCGCAUGGAGACCUGAUAGACUCUCACAGGUCCCAACUCCCAACGCCAAAUUUCCUCUCUCCAUUUGUUUUCGUUUUCUUUUCGCCACAAAGAAGCCGUUUCCACCGAUUCUCUAUCCAUCAACCUUCGAUCAAACCGAAUUAGGGUUUUCAUUCUCUGCAGCCGUUUUCACAAUCUGGGUUCCUGCACCCCCGCAACCAAAUAAGUGUUAGUGUUUAGGUUUUGAUUUCGUUUGGAACUAACGCCAAGGAUGUAUUCUGAUCGAGUGGAAAGUGGAACUCGGAGAUCAGUGAAGGAACGCCUUGAUGGGAAUUUCGCCUCUGAUUCUACGCGCCAGCACAAAAUCACCGGAAAGAGGCAGAGGCAAGAUGACAAGUGGAAACAUGAUCUCUAUGAGGAUGACGAGCCCCGGAUCUCUAAUCGCAAGGUUACUGCUCAUGAUCUUCGUUUGAAGCUUCAAAAGAAAGGUCUUCACCCUGGAGGUCAAACUGGAAGGAGUUCUGUUCCUGGUCAGCGGGAUCUCCGUGAAAAGCUUUCAGGGACAAUGACUCCACAACCUAAAAACUAUGACCCACCAAAGCCUAAAGUAGCUGUUAAACCUAGCAAUAAAAGUAUUGAUGCUGAGACUCCUGAUGUACAUAUCAAAAAAUCAGCUAACCCAACUCCUAAAAGGUCCCGGAAGGCUGAUGCUCCAUUGGAUGAUUUUUUGCUGUCCUUGGGUCUUGAAAAGUAUCUUAUAGGUUUUCAGGCUGAAGAAGUUGACAUGACUGCACUCAAGCAUAUGACUGAUGAUGAUCUCAAGGCUAUGGGUAUACCAAUGGGUCCGAGAAAGAAGAUACUUUUAGCCUUGGAGUCAAAAGGCUGACAUUUUGGUCUCUUGUAUUACUAUCAAGGUUAUAUUACCCUAGUUAUAUAAUACAUUAGUGUGCUUCUGUUUAUACUCUUGACUGUAAUUUUUUUUAAAUCCUUUUGGUGCUUUUUAUUACCAUUUUCAAUCUUGCCUCCCUUACAUUACUGAAAAGUGGUCUAAACAAGCUUUGAUACUUGAAAAAGGAGCUUGAGAGCUAGAAAAUUGAUUGAUAGAGUUUAUUGUUUAGCUGGAAGGGCUUGUUUUAGAUGAGUGAUAGAUGAAUGGAUGCAUCUUAAAGUGUGACUGCUUAGCUCUUAUAAAUAUUUAUUUUUCCUUUUGAAUCA